GCUGUGGGUGUUGACAUGUCAGUGUCACUUGGUCAGCUGAUUGCGGGUCGUAAAGCCUCUUGACUAGCCAGUUUAGUUAGCUUAGCCUAGCUGGAUGUUUGUUUUUGUUAACGUUACCACACAGGUAGCCUUUAACCUAGCUCAAAAGUUUUAAUAAUCCUAAAUAACUGAACGCAUUUCGAAGAGUCAUACAAACCGCCGGCCGCUCGGUUCCGCGGUGCGAAGUUGCCGUUAGUGAGGCGGUGAUUAUUGUGGCAGGGAGGGAAGGGUGAAGUUGCUCUCCGCGUCUCUGCAUUGCAGCCCGGUGCUGCUGAUGGAAUUCAAACACACAACAAUGGCGACUCCCAGUCCUAACAACUCAACAACACCUAGCAGCCACAACAGCAGCAACAACGCGGGCUCCGCAGCGCACCACCACCACCAGUCCCAGUCUCAGCACAUUACCACAAUGAGCAGCAUGCAGGAGUCCAACACCUGCUGGAGAUGUCAGAGUGAAACAGGGUUUCAGAUAAACCUGUCUGGAGCUCCCCCAAGUAAACGCAAAGCCCUGAAGCUGAACUUUGCCAACCCUCCGAUCAAACCCACAACUAGGUUCACACUGAACACGGCGGGGCCGCCAUUUCAAAACCCGCACAUAGAGAGGCUGAGAACACACAGUAUUGAGUCGUCAGGGAAGUUGAAGAUUUCCCCAGAGCAGCACUGGGACUUCACGGCCGAGGAUCUCAAAGACUUGGGCGAGAUCGGCCGAGGGGCUUACGGCUCUGUCAACAAGAUGGUGCACAAGCCAAGUAACCAGAUCAUGGCGGUCAAGAGAAUUCGGUCAACGGUCGAUGAGAAGGAACAGAAGCAGCUGCUGAUGGACUUGGACGUGGUCAUGAGAAGUAGUGAUUGUCCUUACAUCGUGCAGUUUUAUGGUGCUCUGUUCAGAGAGGGCGACUGUUGGAUUUGUAUGGAACUUAUGGCUACCUCGUUAGACAAAUUUUACAAAUUUGUAUAUUGCUCAUUAGACGAAGUGAUUCCAGAAGAAAUAUUAGGAAAAAUAACAUUAGCUACUGUGAAAGCACUUAACCACUUAAAAGAAAACUUGAAAAUAAUACACAGAGACAUUAAGCCGUCAAACAUCCUCCUGGACAGGAAUGGCAACAUAAAGCUGUGUGACUUUGGCAUCAGUGGUCAGCUGGUGGACUCCAUUGCCAAAACCAGAGAUGCAGGGUGCAGACCAUACAUGGCACCAGAGAGAAUAGACCCCAGCGCGUCCAGGCAAGGCUACGACGUCCGUUCAGACGUUUGGAGUUUGGGAAUCACACUGUAUGAGCUGGCCACGGGACGGUUUCCCUACCCGAAGUGGAACAGUGUGUUUGACCAGUUGACCCAGGUGGUGAGAGGAGACCCUCCACAGCUCAGCAACUCGGAGGAGAGGCGCUUCUCCCCCAAAUUCAUCGCCUUUGUCAACUUGUGCCUUACGAAGGAUGAGUCGAAGAGGCCAAAGUACAAAGAGCUACUGAAAGAUCCGUUCAUUCAGAUGUACGAGGAGCGUUCGGCCGACGUAGCCGGUUACGUCUGCAGGAUCCUCGAUCAGAUGCCGGCGUCUCCCAGCUCCCCAAUGUAUAUGGACUGAAAGCUGAACAAAAACAAAAACACAUCAAAGUAUACACCAGUCUGCAACAAUAAAGACAGUGGAUGAAAAAAAAAAAAAAAGACAACAAAGUAAAGAAAACAAAUCCUCAUGUAAAUUUGCUUGGUCCCCUUAUUGCAGUGUUAAAAGAAAAUUGUAAAGCCUAAGUAAAAAAAACAAAAAAACAACAAAACACCAUUUGCAAUAAAAAUGGUGUUCAUUUCAGUCAUGUCUGUAUAAUAUAUAAACGUUAACACACUUCUGUUUCUCUCUUGUUCACAAACACACACUGACGCACAGUCACGUAAGUAUAAUAGCAGCUGAAUCAGUCAAUUGUGGUCUUGACUCCUCUCGAUGAGGAUGCAUCUCAGUGAUUAGUAGUGAUUUAAAAAAAUAAGAAAAUGGAAAAAAAAGAAAAGCAAAAUAACCUGGAACUUGUAUUUAUAGAAACCAAAAUCAAGUGGAGUAUCUGAUUUGGAGAUUCUUCAACAUACUGGAAUCAUGCUCUUUGUGAAUUUGUCCCACCUCUUCCAUGUACGUGAAUGAAAGCAUUGUGUUUGGUAUCUUAAUGGAACUUUGCUUCUCUGGGUAUAAAGCAGUUUAAAAGGUUAAAGUGUUGGUGGUCAGAAUCAUGUUAGACCUGCAGUCCAGGCAGUGCGCACUGUGCAAUGGACUAUAUGCUGAUAUAUGAAUAAAGAGAGAGAAAGAGAAGGAAAAACUC